AUGAAAUCCCACUACGAGGGCUACCAGCAACAGUGUUCCAUGACUAUACCGUAUCACACCCAGUACCCUUUCCCAACCCUGUCUCAGACCCCAGUACCCUUUCCCAAUCACCUAUCAGCCCAGCCUAUCCCAACCCUGCCUCAGACCGUAUCACCCCCAGCCACUUAUCCCAACCCUGCCUCAGAGUAUCACCCCAUAUCCCACCCCCAGCCACUUAUCCCAACCCUGCCUCAGACCGUAUCACCCCCAGCCACUUAUCCCAACCCUGCCUCAGACCGUAUCACCCCCAGCCACUUAUCCCAACCCUGCCUCAGACCAUAUCACCUACAGCUGCCUAUCCCAACCUGCCUCAGACCGUAUCACCUACAGCUGCCUAUCCCAACCUGCCUCAGACCAUAUCACCUACAGCUGCCUAUCCCAACCCCCGGCCACUGCCUAUCCCAACCUGCCUCAGACCGUAUCACCUACAGCUGCCUAUCCCAACCUGCCUCAGACCGUAUCACCUACAGCUGCCUAUCCCAACCUGCCUCAGACCGUAUCACCCCCAGCCACUUAUCCCAACCUGCCUCAGACCGUAUCACCCCCAGCCACUUAUGCCAACCUGCCUCAGACCGUAUCACCCCAGCCACUUAUCCCAACCCUGCCUCAGACCGUAUCACCCCCAGCCACUUAUCCCAACCCUGCCUCAGACCGUAUCACCCCCAGCCACUUAUCCCAACCCUGCCUCAGACCAUAUCACCUACAGCUGCCUAUCCCAACCUGCCUCAGACCAUAUCACCUACAGCUGCCUAUCCCAACCCUACCUCAGACCGUAUCACCCCCAGCCACUUAUCCCAACCCUGCCUCAGACCGUAUCACCUACAGCUGCUUAUCCCAACCUGCCUCAGACCGUAUCACCCCCAGCCACUUAUCCCAACCUGCCUCAGACCGUAUCACCCCCAGCCACUUAUCCCAACCUGCCUCAGACCGUAUCACCUACUGCUGCCUUAUCCCAACCUGCCUCAGACCGUAUCACCCCCAGCCACUUAUCCCAACCUGCCUCAGACCGUAUCACCUACAGCUGCCUAUCCCAACCUGCCUCAGAACGUAUCACCCCCAGCCACUUAUCCCAACCUGCCUCAGACCGUAUCAGCCCCCCAGCCACUUAUCCCAACCCUGCCUCAGACCGUAUCACCCCCAGCCACUUAUCCCAACCUGCCUCAGACCGUAUCACCCCCAGCCACUUAUCCCAACCUGCCUCAGACCGUAUCACCCCCAGCCACUUAUCCCAACCUGCCUCAGACCGUAUCACCCCCAGCCACUUAUCCCAACCCGGCCUCAGACCGUAUCACCUACAGCUGCCUAUCCCACCCUGCCUCAGACCGUAUCACCCCCAGCCACUUAUCCCAACCUGCCUCAGACCGUAUCACCCCCAGCCACUUAUCCCAACCUGCCUCAGACCGUAUCACCCCCAGCCACUUAUCCCAACCUGCCUCAGACCGUAUCACCCCCAGCCACUUAUCCCAACCUGCCUCAGACCGUAUCACCCCCAGCCCUAUCCCAACCUGCCUCAGACCGCACAUCAUCCGUGCAGUCUGCCCACUGCCUGCACCAACCACUCCGCACCACCCCCACCUCCCAUCCUACCCGCCUGGCAGCCUGGCCUGCACCAACCACUCCGCACCACCCCCACCUCCCAUCCUACCCGCCUGGCAGCCUGGCCUGCACCAACCACUCCGCACCACCUCCACCUUCCAUCCUACCCGCCUGGCAGCCUGGCCUGCACCAACCACUCCGCACCACCCCCACCUCCCAUCCUACCCGCCUGGCAGCCUGGCCUGCACCAACCACUCCGCACCACCUCCACCUCCCAUCCUACCCGCCUGGCAGCCUGGCCUGCACCAACCACUCCGCACCACCCCCACCUCCCAUCCUACCCGCCUGGCAGCCUUGCCUGCCACCACACCACAUUGCCAGCCUCUCAGAGCCCGAAUCACCUGCGUUAAAACACCUACAGUGGAAGAAUACUCACUUCCUGGUUAA